AAACGCUUAAAACCAGGGAGAAUCUAACAAUUGUCUCAUACUAAAAGGCCAUACAUCUUUUCCCGCCAGUUCUGCCUUGUGUUAAACUUCAUAAAAUCUCUUAGAAAAUUCUUUAAAAAUCUAAAAAUUGUUUGAAACUAAUGAUAAACAAAACCUAAAUUGCAUAAUUAUUUCAUAAUCUUCAAAUGAAUCACCAAAACUCACAAUCCUUUGGUUCUCAGUCACAUUUUUAUGUAUCACUUCUCCAAGAUAGCCUUAAAUCAAAACACCCAUUUGCCAUAAAGUUAAUCCAUAGCCGUAUAAUUAAAUCUGGUGUCCAUGUAGGUGUUUUUAUGAUGAAUAAUCUCAUUAAUGGGUAUGCAAAAACGGGGUUUUUAUCGUAUGCUCGUAAAGUGUUUGAUGAAAUGCCUGUGAGAGAUACUUCUUCUUGGAAUACACUUUUAUCUGGAUAUUCUAGAAAAGGUGAAAUUAUCGAAGCGUGUUCAAUAUUUAAGGAAAUGCCUUAUCGGGAUUCUGUUUCUUGGACUACUAUGAUUGUUGGGUACAAUUCCGUUGGUCGUUUUAAGGUUGCAAUUCAGCUGUUUCUUGAGAUGGUUGCAUUGAAUGUUUUACCGACACAGUACACAUUUACGAGUGUUCUUGCCUCUUGUGCUGCAAUUAGAGCAUUACACGAGGGACGAAAAGUUCACUCCUUUGUUGUUAAAUUUGGGUUGAGUAGUUAUGUUUCCGUGGCGAAUUCUUUGUUGAAUAUGUAUACCAAGUCAGGGGAUAAAAUUGCAGCUCGAAUCGUUUUUGACAGGAUCGCAGUGAAGAACACCUCGAGCUGGAAUUCAUUGAUCUCACUGUAUAUGCAGACUGGUCAGGUGGAUUUAGCAUUGGCACAAUUUGAGCAAAUGAAUGAGCGUGACAUAGUUUCGUGGAACUCAAUGGUUACGGGCUAUAAUCAGCACGGCUUUGACCUUCUAGCUCUUAAUAUGUUUUCUAGAAUGCUUAAAGAAUCUUCAUUGGAACCUGAUAGAUAUACUUUAGCCAGUGCUUUAUCAGCUUGUGCUAAUCUUGGGGAAUUAAAUGUAGGAAAACAAAUCCAUGCUCAUCUUAUCAGAACUGAAUUUGACACGUCAGGAGCUGUUGGGAAUUCUUUGAUUUGCAUGUAUUCCCGAUGCGGUGGUGUAGACAUUGCACGAAAUAUUUUAGAGAAAAAUAGAGAGUCCAGUCUAAAUGUAAUUGCAUUUACAGCACUACUGGAUGGGUACAUAAAGCUUGGUGAUAUAAGUCCUGCAAGGAAGAUUUUUGACUCAUUGAAGGACCGUGAUGUAGUUGUCUGGACAGCCAUGAUUGUCGGUUAUGUUCAAAAUGGCCUUAAUGAUGAUGCGAUGGAACUCUUUAGGUUAAUGAUUAAAGAAGGGCCAUACCCCAAUAAUUAUACUCUAGCAGCAAUGUUAAGUGUCUGUUCAAGCGUGGCAUCCUUAAAUCAUGGUAAACAAAUCCACUCAGCAGCGAUUAAGGCAGGGGAAGCAUUAUCAGUUUCUGUUAGCAAUGCCCUGAUAACUAUGUAUGCCAAGGCUGGAAAUAUCAGCUGUGCGAGGAGAGUAUUUGAUUUGAUACACCUGAACAGAGACACGGUCUCUUGGACUUCCAUGAUCUUGGCUUUAGCUCAACAUGGACGUGGAGCAGAAGCCAUACAAUUGUUUGAGAAUAUGCUUGCACUUGGAAUGAAGCCUGAUCAUAUAACGUAUGUUGGUGUUCUUACUGCUUGCACACAUGUAGGAUUGGUUGUUCAAGGCCGUCUUUAUUACAAAAUGAUGAAAGAGAUGCAUGGAAUUGAACCCACCUCAAGCCAUUGUGCUUGCAUGAUUGAUCUCUUUGGUCGUGCUGGGUUGCUAGAAGAAGCACAAGACUUCAUAAAAAAUAUGCCAAUCGAACCAGAUGUGAUUGCAUGGGGUUCACUUUUAGCAUCGUGUAGAGUUCACAAAAAGGUGGAGCUUGCAAAAGUUGCAGCUGACAGAUUGCUUUCAAUUGAUCCUGAAAACAGUGGGGCCUACUCAGCACUUGCUAAUGUGUAUUCUGCUAGUGGAAAAUGGGAGGAAGCUGCUAAGAUCAGAAAAUCAAUGAAGGAUAGACAGGUCAAGAAAGAACAAGGAUUUAGCUGGAUUCAAAUAAAAAACGUAACCCAUGUCUUUGGGGUAGAAGAUGCGCUUCAUCCGCAGAGAGAUGCUAUUUACAAGACAAUGGAAAAAAUCUGGAAAGAUAUAAAAAAGAUGGGAUUCGUUCCAGACACCGAAUCAGUUCUGCAUGAUCUUGAUUACGAGGUGAAAGAGCAGAUUCUUAGACAUCAUAGUGAGAAGCUAGCAAUUGCAUUUGGGUUAAUAAAUACCCCGGAGAACACUACUUUAAGGAUCAUGAAGAACCUUCGAGUUUGUAAUGACUGUCACUCGGCAAUCAAAUUUAUCUCCAAACUUGUAGGGAGAGAAAUUAUUGUGAGGGAUGCUACACGUUUUCACCAUUUCAAAGGGGGUGUCUGCUCUUGUCGUGACUAUUGGUAGGUCGUGCACCAAAUUUAUCUAAAAUUCCACAUCAGAGCUGCUGAAGAAAAGUAAAAGAAAAAAUCUAUGAUGCUGGAUGCUACCAAAUGACAUAAGGGAUCUGAGUUUGAGAAACCCAUACAUCAAGUUAAAAAUUAUGAAGUAUGCGCUCAGUGAUGGUGGCGUUGUAUAGCUUUAUCAUCCUGUAAGUAGCUCCUCAGAGUGAGCUUUGUGCUAUACUGUUGAUGAAUCAUGAGGUCUGACCUCUAGUGGUCAAAGUAAUGAGUCGAAGAUAUACCUUGAUGGCUUGAUGGUUUUCCCUAAAACACAUUUCAGGUAAAGCGGCUAUCCAGUUAUAGCCUCCAAACAGAAGACUGUAUCUUGAGCAGUACUUUGUUAAUUUUCUGAAACUGUAACAGACAUUUAUGUCUUCUGUACUAGACUCUAUUUUAUAAGUUUUACUUAUUUACAUUUGAUAAAUUCUAAAACAAAGAAAGAUCAGAUAUUUUUGUAUGUUCAUCAUUUACAGACUCAGAUGGAAUACCACACAACUAAUCUAUUGGAUGAACUAUUCUCUCUCCUUUAUCUCUCAGUACACCGAGUCAGGUAUGCAUACAAACUGAAUAGCAUCUACAGUUUAUCCUGUUUCAUAUUUUUUAUAUAAUUUUAUGUAAAUCACCUCAUUUGGUGGCAAACCUGCAACUUUGCCUCACUUGGGAAACAUUCUUCCCGGCUUCCUCACAGAUUUUGAAAUGUUUUUCCUUGAUUAUUUUUCCUUUCUCUUUUCCAAACACCAAAUAUGUCUCCACUGUUAUCACUAUUAGUGGUAUCUUCCUCCUUGCAAAGCUUGUAAUCGGCUCCUGACCACAAGUUUCAAGCUGGAGUAGCAAGGCCCUGAAUAAGAUGAAAUUAGAUGGAGGCUAUUUCCCAUGAGAAGUUUUUAUUUGAUGACGUUUUAAAUAUGAUCAAAGUCCCAUUUCUUUUAGUAACAAUUUAAACAACCAGGUUAAAGUGUACCAUACAUUUCGUGGUCAACUUCAUAUGUUUAUAGCUCAAUUUUCAUGGUAAUCAAGCUCUUUAUCAUCUGACGUUGUCAUUGCAGAAGUAGAAAACAUGAUUCCACUAUGCUGUUGCUCUAGUUUGUGGCUGUAUGCAGUGGUGGAGCAGGUCACGUUUCUCAGAUGGCUUUACUGACUUUUGUCUCAUAGUGAGUUACAAUCAUAGGGCAGUGGAUGGUGAACCAAUAGCACAGACCAAGUUUGAAGAAACUUGAUUCACACUUGUAAGUACUUUGCCUAUAGGAUGACAGUGCAGUUGCAUGCUUUGUCUGUUAGCAAAAGGUCAAGAUAUCAACAUAUGUGCUUUUGCUUAUAUCAAUACAAGUGUUUAAUCCUGAAUUUCAGAGAAGCCUUGAGAUGUUCAAAAACCGUAUUUUUUCCAUCUUUCUGUAUGAUGCAUUCCUAUUCUUUUCCUUGUGAAUAUGUGUGUGCUUCCAGUCUUGCUCCAUCUCUGGCUUACAAUUAUAAAUGCUACAAUUUAUUUACCAUUGUGUUCCUUCCCUCAGUGUUGUUCUUGCCUAUGCUAGAUGGAUUUUUCAUAGGUUCUUACUAGACAUAGUUGAUGGCACAUCCGUGAUGGUGGGGAUCUCAUAAUUGACGUAUUCUAGUUGCGGAAAAGGGCCAAAUAUACCCCUCUACUUUAUUUUAUUGUUGAACUUAAUCCCCUGUUAUACUUUUUCGUUAUACAUACCCCUACCGUCCGGUAAAGUUUUAUAUUUGCCCUUAGUUUGACGGAGGAGACACGUGGAUGACUAGGGGUGGCUUGACCCAUCUAGAAUUAAAAACACCCGGUUGACCCGGUUCAACCAAUACCGAAUAAAAAACCACCCCAAUUAAAAGACCUAAAACUAAGUUAAAUCCCUUCCAUUUCAGUGGAGAAGAAUAGUUCACUACCUCCAUAGCUUCUUCAUCUCCAAAACGUGACCGGAAAGCCUCAAAAAGGUAAUUUUGUCCACUAAAUUUAAUUUCUUUAACUGAGUUUGGACCUCUUUAAUUUGGUUGAUUCUAAGUUUUAGGGUUUAUAUAACUUGGUGAAUUUCAAUCUCUUUCUUCAAGUUUUAGGGUGUACAAAAUGUAUGAGAUUAGUGUCUCGUCUACAAGGACUUGCCAUUGCGGGCUAGUUCCUCGACAAUUCACUUCAAAAACUCCUUCAAAGCCUGGAAGGAAAUUUCAUAAGUGUGCUAAUCGUGAUAAAUCAUGCGGUUAUUGGAAAUGGGACGAUGAAGAUUUCCCUGAUGGUGCGGUGAUUGCAAUUAACCAAAUACGGUUAGAAUUGGAAGCGACAAAAGGAUCGAUCAAUGCUUUGAAUAUGACGUUGGAUCAAGUAUCGAAAGGAAUGGUUUGAAGGAAAAAGUGGAAGCUUUGGAGGCCAUGAAAAACUUUGAAGUUAAUAAAGCUAUGAAGUUGGAAGAGAAAGUAUUGAAGAUGAAGAUGUGCAUUAUAAUGUUAUGUGCAUUAAUUGUUGGAUUUGCACUUGCAGUGAUGACAAAAUGAAGCUCAUUAUUGUGUUUGUAUUUUAGUGUGAAGGUAGAUUAAGAAUGUUCAGUGUGACUAAAUUGAAGUUAGCUUUUGAAUGUGUAAUGUUUAGUGUUCAUUUUAGAUGAAUUUAUCUUGAAUGUGCAAUGUUUAGUGUUCUUGUCGAAGUUAGGUUUUGAAUGAAACUCAUUGACCUAUACUGUCAAUUUACUCGUUUGCAUAUUAAUUUGGAGUAUAUUGUUGUGAAA